CGAACAUUUUAAAUUGCGACACGCGCCCAAAGGGAGGUCUGUAAGAGUGUAAUAGAUUCGAUUACCCGGAGCCGUCAAUGCUAGCUUAUAGUAUUUAAUUUAAUUUAAAUUCAAGUGUUGUUUAUAUACAUUUGUGAAACGAGACCAACAUGUGGCCGCAAAAGUGCACAAAUGGCGUCUUAAUAGUGCUUCUAUUCUCCCUAAGUCUGGUCAAUAGUGAACUCAAUUUCAACAAUGAUCUGGAAAAUAAUCAAAAGUUUAAAAGCAUACCAACUACGAUUAAAACCUUUGAGAAUGACACUGUUCUGCUGCCGUGCUAUUUAAAUACACCCUUUCGCUAUGUCCGCUGGCACAGAGACGAUGUUCCACUUGUUGAUUCUCGACACCCAGAGAUUUUACCGCAGGAGAGAAUUCAAUUGUGGGCCAAUGGCAGCUUACAGGUUUCAAAUGUGCUGGCUGAAGAUACUGGCGAUUACUAUUGUGAGAUAAUGUCGAGCACAAGUCACGCUGUACAGGUGCAUGCGAUAGAAGUUCAAUACUCGCCUAGUGUCGUUACGGAGCCCAGUGGCGUCUUGGAGCUACCGGUGGGUGCAACUUUUGAAGUAGUUUGUGCAGCCAAGGGAGUGCCACAGCCGGCAAUCACGUGGCGCCUUAACGGAAACGCGCUGGACAAAUAUAACAAUAUGGGCAACAGGCAGAGUCAUUUAUUUGAGAUCAAGUCUCGCAGCAUGUCCGGGCCCAUUGAGUGCAUGGCCAGCAACGGAGUGGGUCAACCAGCAGUAGCUGGAGUCUAUCUGCAGGUGCUGUUUGCACCCGAGCUGACACUACCACAGACUGUUGUGUACACGAAAGUGGGAGCUCGUGCCCAUUUGGAGUGCAUUGUAGAGGCGGCUCCAACAGCAGAGCUACAGUGGUUCCAUUAUGGAGUGCCCGUACAAACAGGCCCCCAGAUAAGCAGCCAUGAGACGGAGCUGCAGGCGAAUCGUUCGCUGGACCACUAUGUUAGUGAAACAAAGCACGUGCUAAUCAUCAAGAAGGUCAGGGACUCGGACAUGGGUCAGUAUGAAUGCCGGGCUCACAACAAUAUAGGCUUCAAAAGUGCAACUAUUGAAUUGACUGGAAGACCAAUGCCAUGUGUGUUUAAAAUUAAUCCUGGAACGCAGAGCUCAACAUCUCAUGUGUUGGUUUGGCAAACCGAAAGUCUACUGCCAGUAAUGGAGUUCAAGCUGCGUUUCCGACAGAUUCCAUCAGGCAAUGUUACAAAACAAAUCAGAACUAAUUGGACCGAGCUUACCAUUCCUGCUCAAGUGACAAUCGGACCGAUUUACAUCACUUCUUAUACACUGCAUGGCCUGCAACCAGCCAGCCUAUUUGAGGUCUCAGUUCUAGCCAGAAAUAGCUUCGGUUGGAGCGAUAAUAGCAAGAUAGUUCGAUUCGCCACUGGCGGUGAAGUCGAGUUGCCCAAUUACUCAACGGAAUCAGAGAUGCAAUACGAUGGGCCGGAAGAAGAUGACCUAAACAAUGAAAUCACCCAUAGAUCGGAGAUAUUCACGGCGAGCAUGAUUCAUAAUAGAGCCACAAUCACUAUACACAGCGCUUUUGUAUAUUGCAUCAUUUUAUUAAACCUAAGUUUAGUUUUCCUUCAAAGAACAAUAAUGUAAAGGGAAAACCACGAAACAUUUGUACUGAUUGAGAUGUUCUCAUAAAUAAAUCAAUUUUAAAUUA